CAAUUACGAUUCAGACAAUCUGAGGGAAGUUAGGAAACCCAAAUUACCUUUUUUCUUUUCUUUUUAACUCCACAAAGACAAAACUCCAUUUUUCACAUUUUCUCAUCAUUUCUUUAAGCUAAAAAUUCAAUAUUUUUCCUUUAAUCCCCACUCUUUAUUUCUUGAAAAUAGCUAAAAAUCCUUAAUUUUUUUUUGAUUUUUCCCAUUAGCUUCAGAAUUUUUGCCAGUUUAAUGCUUCUGUAUUUUCUGUUCAGCUGGUAAGAUUAUCAAAAGUACUUAAAAGCUUCAUUCUUUUUUAUUUUAUUUUUUCAUUUGGGUUCUGUUUUUUUUAGUCUGUUUUACCCCACCCCUCUCAAAUUUAUCUGGUUUCUAUAAUUUUUUAUUUUUAAUUCUGGAGUGAUUUAAGCAUAUAGGUUUAUAAGUUAAAGGUGAAAACUUUGUGUUGUGUUGUUAGUUUUUUUUAUUUUUUUUGAAGGUUUCUGGAGUGAUUUUGGUGUCUUAAUUCUGGAGUGCUUUUUGGCAUUCUGAAUAUAGAAAAAUUAUGGCUUUAUGAGUAAAAGAUUCAACUUUGUGUUGUUUUGUUAGUUUUCUGAUAUUUUUGAAGAUUUUUUGCUUUUAACUGCAGGAAGAUGAUGAUAUUUUUUUGUUAGUUUUCUUGAUUUUCUGAUUUUUAAUUAGUAUUUUGUUAAAAAAAAUUCUCAAGUGAUCUUUAUUUUGGUGUUUGGAUUAUAGGAAAAUGGUGGGUUUUUGAGUACUAGGUAAAAUAAAAAAGAAUUUUUUUUUUUCUUUUGGGGUGAUUUUCUUGUUGAAAAUAUUUGAGUUAUGGAGGGAAGAGAGAAUAUGAGUAUGAGUGGAGUAACAGUAGUGGGAUCAGAUGCACCUUCAGAUUACCACGUGGCACCUAGAACCACCACUGAAUCAGCAGCUCAAAUGGUGGUUAUUUCACAAACUCCGGUCACUGCCACGGCGGCCGGCGCCAUAACCGGCGGCGGAGCAAUAGUGGUAGCGAAGAAGAAAAGGGGUAGACCAAGAAAGUAUGGACCAGAUGGGGCACUGUCACCUAAGCCGAUAUCGUCAGCGGGGCCUGCGCCAUCGCCGGUGAUUGAUUUUUCUGUGGAGAAACAACGGGGGAAAAUCCGGCCAGUUGGGUUGGUUAGUAAGCCUCAUAUGCCUAAGCUGGAUGUUGAAAAUUCAGGUGAAUGGGUCUCAUGUUCUGUUGGUGCUAAUUUUACACCCCAUAUUAUCACCGUUAAUACUGGAGAGGAUGUCACUAUGAAGAUUAUAUCGUUCUCUCAACAAGGACCUCGAGCAAUAUGCAUCCUCUCAGCAAACGGUGUAAUUUCAAGUGUUACGCUACGUCAACCUGACUCUUCCGGUGGCACAUUGACGUAUGAGGGACGGUUUGAGAUACUGUCAUUGACUGGAUCAUUUAUGCCAUCUGAGACGGGAGGAAUGAGAUACAGAUCCGGGGGAAUGAGCGUUUCUCUAGCAAGCCCUGAUGGACGUGUUGUUGGAGGUGGAGUUGCCGGUCUACUAGUUGCCGCCAGUCCAGUGCAGAUUGUUGUAGGCAGCUUCCUUGCUGGAAAUCAACACGAGCAGACGACCAAGAAAAACAAAUUGGAGCCUAUAAUAGCUGCUGUUCCUCUAUCUAGUGCAGAAAAUGAAGACACUUAUAAUCACUCUUCUGCAAAACAAAUUAUGCCAACUUCCUCAAUUAACUGGUCGUCGUCGUUAGCCCCCGACUCGAGAAAUAAGCCAGCUGAUAUCAAUGUAACUCUGCCUGCAUAGGGUAUACCUUUCACAGUUCAUAUUGAUCCUUAAUUCUCACAUCCAUUUGUUGUUAAUUUGUCUGUCAACCUCUUACCGGAGCAUGUCAUUUUCCGACGAGGUUUGUGUAGUAAUUUGAACUAGUGUUCCACUUAGUUCUUUUCUUUGGUCUUUUGUUGUAGAAUUUUAGAUGUAUAAUUGGUCCCAGAAAUGAAUUUCAUCUUAGUUAAAGGCUUUAUGUUUAGUUUUAGCCUAUGUUGCGCAGACUUUACAAAAUGAUGUCGCACCCAUGUCGGAUCCUCCAAAAAUACAAUACUUUUGAAGGAUGCGAUACGCGCCUGACAACAUUUUCGGAGAGCCCGAGCAACAUAGGUUUUAACAGGUACAAUUGA